AUGUUAGUCUUCUGUGCUUUCCUUGAAAUAAAGUCCCUGCCUCUGCUAACCCAAGCUCUCGUCGGAGGAGCCUUAAUCUCCGCCACACAACAAUCUUCUCUCAAAUUCACCCACCCAAUUCCACCUCUGUUCACUAAGCGCUCCCCAACUUCUCACGCCAAAACAGGUUGCUUAAGCCCCUUACCGUCGAGCCUUCAGGCAGAUGCCCUUUUGCUUCCACCAAGCCCAGUCCCGCCACUGCCUCUAUCCCCUUCAGUGAAGAAGAGCCAAUAUCUAUUACGGGCCAAGAAAGUGUCCCUCUUGAAGGUGUUAUUUAGUUCAAAAACCCAACUCCGAUUCCUGUCUCGCCAAGUGGGGCCGUGUGGCUCUGCUAGCUGGUGGAGAUGUGGCGGCAUUGGUUUUGUUCUCUGCAAUUGGAAGGAAAUUAAGGCUCCUCCGACGGGAGCUUAUGUUAGCAGAGGCUGA